AUGUACUGUCAGAAAUGUCGAACUCAGUUGAAGCUGGAUGGCUCUCUGGAGUCGCUCAAUCCAGCUGCCUUCGAUCUGCUUACCAGCUCUACAGGUAAAACCCUACCGGAGCAAGGCACUGCUUCUUCCUCCAGAAAUUCGUUUCCUCAAGAAAGGCGAGACCUGUACGACCGUGUGUCCAAGAACGUUGCGUCUCCAGUUUAUCGAAGAUCCAUUCCUGCACCGCGCCAAGCUGGCAGUAAUCAGAACAAUCCACCUAGGCUAGGACGAGGGGACAGUGGGAACAUGUCCUUCGUUAUGCUUACGGAGUCUCAAGUCGGACCACCGCAUGCGGCAAUUGGUGUUAAUGGCGACAGUACCCCGAAAGGCAAACGACCCCUCAGUACUCAAAAUGUUGAUCGUGAAAUAGACGACGGAUCAUUCGCGGACCAAGUCGAGCGAACGAGCCGCCUCUUUGAAAUCAUCUCCUCUCGCUCUGACAUUGACCAUCCAAUCUGCACUGAAUGCACGGAAAUGCUUGUGAACGGACUCCAGAAACGACUGGUAGAUGCCACGAAGGAGCGAGAUGCUUAUAUUUCAUUCUUACGGAAUCUCAAUUCAUCUGUACCAACGGCCGAGGAGCUUGAAGCGGCUGAAAAGUCCCUGAAGGAAAUGUUAGAGGCAGAGGAGGCAGCGUUCGCAGAGCUUGUAGCACUGGAAGAGGAGAAAGCAGCCUUGGAUGAAGAGAUAGCUGACCUUGAAGAGGAGGCUCGUCAAUUAGACCUCGAAGAGGAAAGGUUUUGGCGUGACCGCAACACAUUUUCUCUAACAUUGGCCGAUUUCCAAAAUGAGCGGGAUGCUCUUAACAUGAGAUACGACCAUGACUCUCGGCAGCUUGAAAGGCUUCAAAGGACUAAUGUUUAUAACGAUGCUUUCUGCAUUGGUCAUGAUGGGUACUUUGGAACUAUAAACGGCUUGCGACUUGGGCGCCUUACAAACCCAUCCGUAGACUGGCCGGAGAUUAACGCAGCUUGGGGUCAGACAGCCUUAUUGCUGGCCACCAUUGCGGAUAAAUUGGGCUUUGAAUUUCAAGGGUACCAACUCAGGCCAAUGGGGUCGAUGUCCAGAAUUGAGAAACUAGAAUAUCCACGGGGAUCACCAGCACAGUCCACCAUCGGUGGGGGGAGCGCGACUCCGUCGGCGCCGCCUAAGAUUACCACCCUGGACUUGUUCUCCUCUGGUGACCUGCCACUCAACCUUCCUUGGCUUCAUCGCCGGUUUGAUGCAGGAAUGGUGGCCUUCCUGGAGUGCCUACGUCAGCUUGGGGACUUUGUGGAGAACACGCCAGCUCCGAUGCCAUCGAAUCGCCGAGGUCAUGCCGGAAUGACCGCUCCGGGCUUGAAGCUUCCAUAUGCUAUCAAACGAGAUAAAAUCGGAGAUGCGAGUAUCAAACUGGGCUUUCACAAUAAUGACGAGACCUGGACUCGUGCUUGCAAAUACACACUGACCUGUUGCAAGUUCUUGUUAGCCCAUGCAAGCAAUGUUGCCAGCGCUGGCUCCAAUAAUUCUGCUAACAUUGCAGCCGCAGUUGGUCCCGCAAACAAAUAA